AUGUUGCAGCCAACAACAUGCAGCAAACAGCAACAGCAGAGGCAGCAACCAGCAAUCGCAACAGCAGCAGUGGGAGGAGCAGCGGUCCAGGAGCUGCUUCGGCAAACCGCAGCUAAAGAUCAUGGAGCCUUAGCAGCAGCAACUGCAGCAACAGCAACUGCAGCAACAGCAACUGCAACAGCAGCAACAGCGAGCCGCAACACUUGGUGCCACAGCGACAACAUGUUGCCCGUAGGCCGCACCAGCAGCACAACGAUAGACUUCAAUAGUCGCCGGCGGAGGGGGCGCCUACGAGGACACGCCUCCUUUGUCCUGGCGGAGAACAAGCAACACCAAGCUACGAUACUGGACGAGUGUGUAAAUAUUUUCAAGCGCUUAGUAUUAUUAACAUUAAAAACAAUAUCAACAACAACAAUAACGAAAGCAAAGACAAGAAGCAGAACAGCGGCGAUACCAGCGAUACCAGCAACACCAGCAACACCAGCAACGCCUGCAACAUCUGCAACAUCUCGUGGUGCCUCAGUGGAGCAGAUGCAGAUGCUGCUCCACCCAAGCAGCCGAAGCCGCUGCAGAAAUCGCUGCCUCCGCCUUCCGAUCUACAGCAUCCUGCUGCUCUGCCUGGCCACUCAGGGACUGGGAUUAGGAGAUGCCGCCAAGCCCAAGUCGGCCAAGCAGCACUUCGGCGGCAGCAGCAACAGCAACAGCCCGAACCAGAACCAGAACCACAACGAUGUCCUGGGCGGGGUGGGUGCCCCAUCCCAAACGUCCGGCGAGGACGAGGCCGAGAUCAUGUACCCCUUCCAGUCCGGGGAGCAGAUGUUCGGCCUGGAGGAGGACCAGGAGCAGGACCAGGAGCUCAACUCCAAUGCAGUUCCCGGCUCUGACGAGGAUAAUGCGGCCAAUCAACGUGGUAUCAAUGACACGCACAACGAUAACUCGACCACCACGAAAACGCCACUAUUCCCGAAAGACCUAUUCACGAAAGAACAGCUUGAGAACGGCGCUGUCAUCCUGCACAUCAUUGGGGUGAUUUAUAUGUUUGUGGCGCUGGCCAUUGUCUGCGAUGAAUUCUUCGUGCCUUCCCUUGACGUAAUCAUUGAAAAGCUCGGCAUCACGGACGAUGUGGCCGGCGCGACGUUUAUGGCGGCGGGUGGCAGUGCCCCUGAGCUCUUCACCAGUGUGAUUGGCGUUUUCGUGUCGUUCGACGACGUGGGCAUUGGUACGAUCGUUGGCUCCGCUGUGUUCAACAUCCUCUUCGUGAUCGGCAUGUGUGCGCUUUUCUCGAAGACGGUCUUGUCACUCACCUGGUGGCCUUUGUUCCGGGACUGCUCGUUCUAUAGCAUCAGCCUGCUGGUGCUGAUCUACUUCUUCCGGGACAACCGCAUCUUCUGGUGGGAGGCCCUCAUCCUGUUCACCAUCUACAUCGCCUACGUGGCCUUCAUGAAGUGGAACGUCCAGGUGGAGACGUGCGUCAAGAAGAUGAUUACCAAAAACAAGGUGACUCGCGUCAGAAGUACAGAUCAACUUAUGCCAGCAGGUAAUGCGGCCAACUCCUCGGAAACAUCGAUGGCCACCCAGCCGGGCGGCUCCGUAACUUCGCGGGCGGCCAGCGAAACCCGCUCCGGUCCUCAUGGAUCGGGCACCGCGGGCGCCACAGGUAAUAGCAGCGGCGGGGGCGGCACCUCGGGUAGUACUCAGACCGGUGCCAAGUUCCGCCACGGCCUGUUACAGCUAAUGAUACACACGAUAGAUCCACUACACGAUGAUGAUGUUCCAGGCAAAGUGGACGAGAAGGCGACGCAGCUGCACGCCAUUGCCUCGCUGAAGGUUUUACUAGAUGCCACCAAACCACAGCGCGGUGGUGCCACCACCUCGGCGGCCAACCACGUCAAGAUCAACCUCAAGGAGACCACGUUGGCCGAUCGUCCCAAUGGGAACAUCGACACCACCCUCGACUCGCCAUCGUUGAGUGGUCGACGUCCUAGCUGGAUUGAGCAGAGGGUCAAAAUUCAGACACGCAAAUUUAGCAUCAAAGCGCCCGAAAUCGAGGAUGAUCCGGAGCCCCUGAGCAUGGCCUGGCCGGACACGGCGCGGAAGCGGCUCACCUACGUCCUGGUGGCCCCGCUCCUGGUGCCCAUGUGGCUCACACUGCCCGACACGCGGACGCCCCGCGGCAAGCGCUUCUUUCCGGUCACCUUCAUCGGCUCCAUCGUGUGGAUAGCGGCCUUCUCCUACCUGAUGGUCUGGUGGGCCAACGUGGCCGGCGACACGGCGCGCAUUCCGCCCGAGGUCAUGGGUCUGACCUUCCUGGCGGCGGGCACAUCCAUUCCGGACUUGAUUACCUCGGUGAUUGUGGCACGCAAGGGAUUCGGCGACAUGGCCGUGUCCAGUUCCGUGGGCAGCAACAUAUUCGACGUGACCGUGGGCCUGCCGAUCCCGUGGCUGCUGUACGGAAUCAUCUACGGGGCGCCCGUGGAGGUGAACUCGGUGGGCAUGGUCUGCUCCAUAACCAUCCUGUUUAUGAUGCUGGUGUUCGUGGUGAUGUCGAUCGCCUGCUUCCGCUGGCGCAUGAACAAGGGGUUGGGCUUCACCAUGUUUCUGUUGUAUUUUGUCUUUGUCGCCGUGUCGCUGAUGUUCGAAUACGACCUGAUCACUUGCCCCUUUUAAGGGCAAGGGCAAAGACAAAAGUUGGCAACAGUUACCGAGUUAGCCGAGUUACCCGAGUUACCAAGUUACCCGAGCUAUCGAUCCACCAAGGAUGUCCGGAUGCCGCCGAGGACGAGACAAGGACCCCGUCUGUCUCACACCCAAUUAGCUAAAUUAUAUACAAGCAAAUUAAUUAAUGAUUAACAAAUGAAUUAACAAUGGACUAAAGCUAAAUAAUCGAAUUGUUAAACAGACACAGAUGCAGACAAACACCGCCACAGAAUCACCCACAGAUACACACCACUACACACACCAUACACACACACACACACACACGUGCGAAAGCGAUAGUGAAAUAACGAAAUCGAAUACUUAACGUUAACAAAUGCGAGUUAGUUAGUGCCAGCGUUUCUUUUUCGAAAGACAUUUACUUUAAAGUGUUUAGCGCAGCUUUUUAACGCAAGCAGACCCCCCCAAACCCCAAACUACCCUUAACUCUAUGAAUCUAUGAAUCUUUGCCCCCAAAACUAUCGUAUCUAUCUACGACCUACUACCAAAAACUAGCGAGAAGGAAACACGACAAUGGCUUCCCAACCACUACUAACUAUCUACCUAACGUUUGGGUUUUAACUACAAGCAUAAGAAACCAGCAAAAGUAUGUAUCUACAAAUAUAUAUGAUUAUCUCGGCACAAGGCACCCUAUAUACGGUACGAUACGAUACGAUAUGAUACGAUACGAUACGAUAAAGGAAAUCAGCAUCCAACCAAGCGAUCAGUGCUAAUGUUUUGUGUUGAGCUCUUUCGGUUCGAUCGAUCGAUGUCGAUCGAGCGGAAUGCCUUUCAUUUGCGUGCUCUACUAAGAUUUCUCCCAAAAGCUUUAUCCAGAGCCUAUCUAAACUCUAUCUAGUUUACGACUUAUAAACAUAAUACUUAUAUACCCACUCACACGCACACUUACAUGGCAUACUAUAUAUUGACCUGUAUUGAUUAAGUGAUAAUUUGCGUACUUAUUGAACAAGCAAACGAACAAAUCGAAAACUCUCAAAGUAAGCUACAAUUGUACUCGAAUUCAAAACAAAAUCGAAACGAAUGUAGGGCGUACUUUAAACAUUUUGCUAAAGCAUUUGCCGUGCAUCCAGACCAGAGCAUUAUGAUUAUCGAUUCCAGUCCGAUGCUUUUUCUAAUUCUUAUUCUAGUUAUGAUUAUGAUUCUAGUUCUGAUCCCGAUUCUAGUUCUAAUUCUAAUUCUGAUUCAUGUUGGCGUGUAGCAGGAGCAGAGUUUAAAUUUAACUUUAAAUUGAAGCCAUAUUUAUUAUAGACUACUUCAAAUCCAAAAACAAAAACUAAGCCUACAAAAAUCCAAAAAAAAAAACCUAUUUCAUAUACUUUUUGCUUAAUGAAGUCCCCCAAGUACAUAUAUAUGAGCAUAUUAACGUAUUUAUAUAUAAACGACAUAUAAGACGAUAUUUAACGAAAUAUGAAACAAAAUCAACUUGCUCUCUUUAUUUAGAAAGUACGUAACAUUUUUCUAAACUAAAAACCCUAAACUCGUAAUACCAAGUGGCCGCAAAACCGAAGAAAUGCAAAUGGAAAAGAAACCCAAAUAAUUUAACAUAAAACGCAUACAUAUAUACACCUAAAUAUAAACAUACAUACAUAUAUAUAUAUAUAUAUAUUUUAUAUAUACCAGAAGAUAACUUACUAUAUAUAUAUGCAACUAUACUUAAGUAGGCAAUGUAUCUAACGGAUAUCCGACGUUUGCAUAUGGCUCGCAGUCAAGUUAAGGAAGCGACAGAACAGCACACAGAUACAGAUACAGAUACAAACACACUCGUACACUCAGAACAAAAAGCAAUAAUUUUUAUUACCAGUGAAUUAGAGGAGGCUGCAGUGGCAUCGCACUAUAUGCAUACUCCUAUAUGUACGACAUGCGAUAAUCGACACCCAAAUCUGUACACUGAAGCCAAGUCAGGUCGGCAGUGGUAACGCAUCGGAAAUAAUUAUAUAUGCAUUCACAUUCGCAGAAUUAUAUACUGAAUCUACUGAGCAAUGCGAUGUGCAGAAUUAACGUAACUAAGUGGCUGCUCUUACACCCCAUGGGUGCAGUGCAUUCGAUUGCACACAGAUAUGAAUAUACAUAAUUAAAUAAUAAUAUAAUAUACGCAUGUAGGAUAUGGACAGGUCAGAGGUCACAACAGCAGAACAGGAGCAGUGCGAGGAUUGUCAGGGAACGAGGUGGAGACAAUGUAUAAAUCUCGAAGGACCCACAUAGCAGACACCACAUCCCUUCAUCUGCCCAAGAGUAAUCCUUGUACCGAUCCAGCGGAGAAUUGGCUGAGAACUUCUUAGGGGUUCUCUCAAAGCCUCAAGAUGUAUACUUUCAACUUAUAAAUUAAAUUGGCUUAUUCCGAAUAUGCAUUUUGUAUGAAUACCAAUUUAGGUAGACCAAAAAGAAUUAAUGAACCUAUAAUACCCAAUUGACUUUCAAUUUUAUUUUAUUGCCUCUACUGUUAUAUCAAAUAUAUUCCUGCCCCUAAGUUUCUUUAAAUUUUAAAAUCCCACUUACAUUUCUUCAAAAUAAAAUAAGCCUUUAUCUAUAUUGGCACAGCUACUAUACCUCUUUUCUAUCUGGUUAGGUCUUUACAUUAUCUAUAACAAUUGAUUAACUUUCCACUUCUUCCCUAAUUUUGUAUCUCAGCCACUCCAAGCAUUUCUCAAUGUAGCUCUUAAUUCCAAAAAUGGUCGACUUUAGUCCUUCUAUAUUGAUAUAUACGACCUGGUAUCGUAUAUAUCCCAACUAGCAAGCUCACUUCUCACGAGUAGAUUGCCUCGGUCGCCAGGCUUUAACAGAGACAACUUCCAAGAACAAACAACAAAUUAACUUAAACUUUUAUACAUGCUGUAUGUUAAACUAAUGACAACAAAGGAUACCAAAAACUAAAUCGAAUAGAAAAAACCUAAAAAAAUAUCUUCCAAAUUAACUUUAAAACCAAGUCAUAUUUAUUAUAUAAAAAUAAAAUACUUGAGAACGAAACACUCACACUUAACUACAUCUUAUUAGAACCUAACAAGAAAAUGGAAAAGCACACCCAGCAAUUACUUGUACUGAAGAUUUCCCUCUUUCACACACACAAACACACACACUCGCAUCUAAGCUAUCACACACAUAUUCAAACAUAUCGCGCCCACUUUUCUAUCUUAAAUGGUACAAAUCCGAAUAAGGGAUUUACGAUGUCCCGAAUGAAAACACACUAACAUUGAGAAUUGAGAAAUUGUUAACGAAUUAAGACGUUUGGCUUUGUGAUCGAAGCGAUUGUAACGUGGAAAUUCUCUCAUUGUUAACCAAAAAGUUAUAGAAAAUGCAAUAAUCGGUAUCCCAUUGGGCAUCUCCCCCUAAAUCCUGCCCCAUCCAUCCCAUAAGUCCUUCCAAAAUCAUUCACCAACGACGCACACACACCACACAAAAUUGUCGAGUGGCGUAGAAGUCUCGCUUUAAAGCAACGUAAAUAAGAGGAAAUAUAUACAAGAAAUAUAUAUAUAUACAGAUAUAUAUAUAUAUAUGAAAUUGUUAUGGUUAUAGAUUUUUAACAAGUUGAAUAAUUGCGUAAAAAGUAAAAGUAUAACAAAAAUACAAAAAAAUUGUUGAAACAUUAGCAAAAGCGUUCAUAAAACAUAAACGAAGCGUAAGAAUGGAAAUAAUAAUAAUAAUAACGAAACAGAACAAACCAAAUCGAACCGAAAGAUAUAGUAAUGCUAUAUAUACUUUAUGAAAUAUUUAACUAUGAAAAUAAAAAUCAUUGUUUGAAAUUAAAGUGAAAAAAGUAAACUUACAAAAAAAAAAAGCCCAAAAGAAAACAAAUUUUGUGUUUGCUAAUUUUGUGUCCUUGACCAAAUUUUGAGUUUGCAGAAAAAUCAACCGUAAGUAUACCCAAUUGAUUCUUAUGUUUUAAACGUAAUUGGCAUGAUUAGAUAUUCGAUGUUCAAUGUUCGAUGUUUUCAAAUGAAAUUAGCAAACACAACAAGCACAGACCAUUCGGAAGCAUUUCUAGAUAUCUGGCCGUACUAAUCACGCUCUCGAGUCAAUCACCUAUAACAAUCGUCUUGAUCAAGAAAUACCGAAAUACCGAAUUACCGAAUUACCACAUAACGUCUACGAGUAUAAACGAACGAGCACAUAAUCAUUAAUUUCAGCUUUAAAUAAUCUACGAACUAGACCUAAACCGUAUAUGGAACACACGGAUAUUUAUUAACUUUUAUAAGCCAGUAUACGUACCAUAUAGCGAGUGGUAUCCAAGUGGAUUACUUUUUUAAUACUUAAUACGACUACGAAUACAAAAUAGAACACGUGAAAUGCAAUGUAUGCAAUACUUAUAUUCGAUUAUACAAUAUUUAGAGACCGUUUCAAGUUGCGUCCGUUGUUUAGACAGAGAAACACAGCAAACAAUAAAUUGUCAGUCAGUUGCCAGCGGCUUCGAUUUGAUUUGAAUUUUGAUUUGGAUUUUGAUUACCGAAACCAAACGAUUACCGAUUAACGACAAUGCGAAUAUGAAGCAAACAUGAUAUGAUAUAUAUGAAUCCAGUAAAAAGUAAUAGUUAACAUAUUGGUAGACUAAUUUAAAGAUUUUAUAGCGUUUUCAAAUUUAUAAGUGUAUAAACCGGAUGCGUUUAUUAUUUGUAAUGCCAGCGAUCAGCCGAUCGACAUCGAAUGUCAGCAUAUAUAGCAUAUAUAGCGCGUGAACAUAUAGCCGUCGUGUGUAAUACAGUUAUCAUUACCCACCAAAGUAUAUUUUGCGUUGUUGAGUUUCGAUCGUUGUACUUUUGAAUUUUACCUUACGAGUGUGUAUUUUUUCGAAACAAACACCAGCGGACCGAUCGAUAGUGGCGUGUAAUUAAUGCAGACGGGUGUGUAAUUUUAAUAGCGAACAAUGAGAGUAUUAUAAUAACAGACAUUAAUUUUAACAACUGAUACGCUUCUAGCACAUAAGAUUGUACAAAUGAUUUAUACGAAUAAUACGAUAAACCAUGAAAAGAAAGCGGAAAAAGAACAAAGUCGGUUCAGAUAUUCAGUUGACCCAGUCUUUAAACAAAGCCUCUUAGUCAUAGAAGGAGUAGUUCCCCUCCCUCCCCAAGAUCCCAAUCCCCAGCUGAUCUCACUAUAUAUCUUUGUGGCGAACCAGAGAGCUCGAAUGAUGAGUAUUUAUGGUGGAAUACAGCAAGUUAUUUACUUUAUACAAGUACGUCUAGUUAACGACAUUUAGAUUUUAUACAAAACACACCCAGUCACACGCAGUCAUUAGUUCCCCGACCCAAACCGAACCGAACCGAACCCCCCCUUCCCCCAGCAGACUCAUCAGUUAACAGAGAUCAUCAAAAUCGAGCGAGGAGUAAAAACAAAUCAAAUAUAUAGUCAAUUUCUAACGAUACAUGCAAACAUAUAUGGCUGGCACUCAAGAUAUAUAUAUAAAACAAAAGUAUAUGAAGUUAUAUAAAGCAUUUUAAGGAUCGUAAACUGGAAAAUGAGCAGAUAGAUCGGGGUGGAAACCACACUUAUGUAAAUCAAAACGAAGCUAUAGCGAAUAAACCGAAAUGUUAACUAGUUAUUUAGGUGAAAUAUACAACAAACCACACUCAGAUGCAGAGGCAGAUGCAGAUGCAGAUACAUAUACAUUUACAUCGAACCGUUAACAAGGCUUUGAAAGCUCAGAAAAAGAUGAAUUACUCAAGCAGACACUCGAACACGACACAAGGACACGAAUGUUAACGACGGGUUAAAAUCCGUAAAAACCAGAGUUGUAGCAGAGCCGCAGCAAACGAAAAAAGGGCCGUUUAAUGAAUUUUUGUUAUCAACCAAGAAAACAAAACGAAAUGCGACUGCAGUAAGCAUGUUGCGAAAACGAAAACAAAAACGAAGUUAAUGUUCAAACUAACUAAUAUAUAACGAAUAUUAUAUAAUACAACAAACUUAGACUGUAUGUUAUUUUCUCAAUACAAUAUCUAUAAAAAACAAUAAAAACAGAUUCAAUAAAAUGAGUUAUCCAAUGGCAA